AUGACUGCCGAUGUAGUUCAAGAAGGAUACAUGUUUAGUAAUUUAGAUCCGUGUAAAUAUGAUACUAUCCAACAACCUAACAAUUUAAUGAAGGUGGCUUUGGCCGCUUAUCCAGUUAACAUGGAGAUGAGUAGUGGUGGGUUGAUUGAAAUAAUCGUUGGGUUGGAUAAGGCUGCUCAGUCGGGGUCUGUUGUUCAACCCAUGGCCUGUUUAAAGCAGAUGUUGCUUCUUCUACUGUGUUCAAACAACUUAGAAUAUGCUAGCGAUGAUUUGAAGAAACUUAUGCGUGAUGUGGCCCAGGCCAAUGUUCAUUUUGAGGAGGACAGUAUUCGAAUGCUUUUCCAUCUUAACAAGCAAACAGGGCUUUUCUUUGAAGAAAUCUUAACCGGUCUGCUGGGAAUUUUGAAGUACCAGUUUAAAGAGCCGUGUUUCCAGAAGGCAGUUGAACUCACUAAUGCAUUUAAGACACUUCCGCCAACACAAACUGAAAUCAAUCACCGGAUACGUCUAGCACACAGUCAAGGCUUUGUGACUAGGAAGGUCCCGCCUUAUAUACCGCAACCCAGCAUCACUCCCACUCUACUUAAUGUACAGAAGCUAUGGGAGUAUUUAGCACAACCCGGUUUAAUCCGCCUUGCUAUCAAAUAUAAGGGCGAGAUGAAUAUGCUGAAGAAAAUAGUAUAUCACGUGUUAGCCACCAUGCCGGCUUUUGAGAAACCAAUCUGGCCCUUUGCAGGCAUGGCUGAACUCGAGUCAAACACCUCGACCCCACUAACCCAUAUCAUCGGGGGGAUUAUACACUACAACUCGCUCUCUCCAUUGCCUACUAGGAAAGACAAACACCAUCACUUUAGUAUUGAUAUGGUGCUUGGUAUACAUGAAAAUGAAAUUACCGACAAGCCCCGGGAGUGUAUAGAUCUAAUCUGCUUUCUUUUGAAUUGUGAACACCGAAAUUCGCUGCUUCAUACUCUAAAAGUGAACAAAAGUCUUCUGGCGGGACAGGCUCGGUAUAUAGAAAUCAACCAAGUUCCUUAUAUAAGCAUGGAAUUCUACUUGCAGGUCUGCACUCAGACAGAUGUUCUAACAAUAAGCAAUCUGCUAAAAUCGUAUUUGGAUGAUCUGCAGUCUUUCUUAGACCAAGCAAGAAUUAACACAAUUAUCCGUGAGAUGCGAUUAAGAAGCCAAAGUAGGCCACCAAGAUAUCUCUCUUAUGAAGAACAGAUUUUCGAAAUUGAUAAGAUUAGUUUGAAAGGAAAGCCGUCGGAAGCCUCACCGUUAACUCAAGUAACCCACGCAGACGUUAUCACUGUAUUGAAGGCUUUGGCUCAGACAAGUCAUUGGGUGCGCUACUUCCAAGACGACUUUGUUCAUAUGAAUGCCGAUUGGAUCGAUUAUACUCAUAAUGUGUGCUAUACGUUUCGCACAUCUCCGAUACACUCGCUUGCUAGCUCUAUUGGGCUGGUUAGUCCGUUAUUAGUAUCCAACAAGACCGAAUCAGCCCGUGCAAUUCUCAUUGAGUUAAUACAACAAACGGAGUUUCAAUCACGGCACGUUCAGACCGUAACUGCCCGCACUAAUCUACCAUCGGGUAAGCUUGUAGUGAAAGCAGUCACUUUUUUAGGGUCCGCGCCAAUUAAUAGUAGUAUAUCUGUAGAGUUUGAUCUUUCGCCCACCCUAGGUAUAACUGAGUACAUUGAAAUUGUUGGAUAUUUAUUAGCUUAUCUUGAUAAAUGCCGAUCUAGCCGGUUAAUUGCUCGUGUUGAUCUGAAGAUCAACGAGGCACGCCAAAUCAUUAUUGCGUUCUACGGUCCCCGGGAUUUUGUCAAUGAGGGCAUGUACACCUUCUUUAUGCAGUACUUUAAAAUGGCAGCAAAAACUCCAAUCGCUGAUAAAGUUAGUUUAAUAGACACAAAGAAAGCGGCUACUCUAUACUUCACCAAAGAAUUUAUAACCUCUACCAGCUCACUGCGUUCCUUCACAAUGCUCCAGCGAACCCGACGAGAGGCCAUUUCGCCCCAGUUGUGUCUGGACCAUCUGGCCACUAUAAAUUAUCUCCAGCCACGUCUUAUCCAACCCUGUCGAAUACAAAUACUUGUUUAUAAUACCAAGUUAAAUCCCGCCGUUGAAGAGGUUCUGAAAACGAGCCUAGCUGAGCCAGCCGCUGCUAUUCAGACACAAGAUAGCGGUAAGCCGGCUGAUGUCUCCCCAAACACCGCGGCCUGGUGCCAAGUGUGGUCGUGUUCUCCUACUGGCGAACAGCUCUUUCGGCAGUUUUUCCUUACUAAGCUGCUGGUUCAUCUACUUGAGCAUUUAACUGCUACCUCGAACUGCCCAGAUGUUCAGAGUAUAAAGUUUGAUGCCGAUGUAGUCAAUCAAACGAUUCUUUUCGGUUUUAUCAGUGAUAAAAAGAACAAGUCUGCACAGAACAGACUCAGUAGCAUAACCAAGUCGCUGUGCAACAAUGCGCUUGCCAUUCUUAAAACAUUAACAGUUCAACAGUUCGAAGCGUAUAAACGGGAUAUUCUAUUUAAUGCCCCGUUCUUGGAACUAAGUAAGCUUCAAACUCCGAUCCAACUCAUCAGGCAUUGGGAGCACUAUUGGAAUGAUCCUUUGUUUGUUGAACAACUGCACGAGCUAGGCCGUUGUGUCACGCUUGCUGAGCUCUGUCAGUUCAUUACUCAUAAUCCGUUUAACUUCCAUCAAGAACCAUUUGUUGCUUGCCCUAUCACUUUAUUAGAUAAGGAUGUAGAUGCCGAUGCUACUUACCAGAUGGACUCCAAUAAUAUUCAGGCAAGCUCUACAGCUGCCAGACCUUCCGUUAUACAGAGCCAUCCAAGAAGACAGUCAUCCAACGACACCACUUCGAACAACACGCCUUUAAAAAGAGCUAAACCCUCUUGA